AUGCCUUACUGGAAAAUCUACCACAGCCCCAACACUCUAACUGAGGAAGACAAAACCACCCUCUCCGCCUCCAUCACAUCAUACUACACCUCUGUCGGCCUCCCCGCGUUCUACGUCAACAUUUUCUACCUGCCCCUAGCCUCGUCCGACUUCUUCGUCGGUGGGAAACCCGUUUCAAAGAAACUAGCAAUCGAGGUCUUGCAUAUCGCACGACAAUGGGACUCAACAGAGACCGACAGAGCGGUGCGAUUGAAAAAUGGGAUUACUGAGAUCUUGAAGCCGUAUACCACGGAUAAAGGGGUGCAGGUGGAGUUUUGUGUUGUGCAGGGCCCGCCGCAGUUGUGGAGGAUUAAUGGGAUUGAUCCGCCGGAGGGCGUGGAUGCAAGUAAUGAGGAACUGGUUGAGAGGAAUAGGGGGUUGCUGGAGGAGUCGGUAAAGAGAUUUGAAUGA